AUGGUGUACUACCUGAUGUUCUGUCACAGUGCACCACUUAUCAAGGAGAUAGAGAACAUGAUCGAUUAUUUUUUCCCAGACAAUGAGCUUUGGUUUAAUGAAACCGGAUUAAACCCUCCCGCUUUGCUACACACCACUGAUCGGCUCUCCUGGGCGUGCCAUCUUGGCAAUGAAAGCCGGGACUGCAGCAUCCGCACUACCACAGUGAUGGAGCAUCAGGCCAAAGCACGACGCUAG